GGUGGAACGCUCACAUAUCAACUACACAUUACCGACGCUCAAUACGUAGGCGGUUUGGGAACACUGGUGACUUUUAAAGCCUGGAUGUAGAUAAUGUUUAUAUAAAUGCUCUUGCGUGUCGGCUAAAGGUCGGUUGACUCGAACUUUGCGUGGCCCAAUCUAGUUCACAAAGUUCGUAUCAACAUGUUAUAACAACUUUCUAUUCACUGUGACAAUCCCCGCCAUCACGACAUGAGCUGUAAUCAGUGUACCAGUAUCCUCUGUUUCCUUGUGUGGGUCCUCCAUGUUGAUGGAGCUAGUUUUCUCAACAAGCCAAGCAACCUAACCAUAAAGAAAGGAGGGAUUGCAAUAUUUCCAUGUAAAGUUGAAAAUUUAGAGACGUCAGACCGUGUUGCCUGGUUUUCUAUUACGUCAUCCAAGCUACUGUCCAUGGAUGGACACUCCCUGAGUUCGGACAAUCACGUGAUUGUGAUCAUCGACCCGAUUGGUGGAUUCCAGCUCCAUAUCAACAACGUCACAUUACAUGAUAGUGGGAUGUACAAGUGCAUGGUGACAACUGACCCUGUCAUGGAGCAAACUUCUGUACUGCGUGUUAUUGACAGCAAAACCCCAGGGAAGAGAAGGGUUCAAACGGGUGGAAGGCGAGCCAGGAGAUCAAGUCGGGAUAACCCAGGUUUACCCUCUAAAAACAAGCCCACAAUACGGAGAAGAGCCUAGACAAUUCAAUCAUCUUGCCAAACGAUAUCAAGUGCAUAAUAUGUAUAUGAUGGACAUCUCAUUUUGCGCCCUGAUUGUGUAUGUAAGGGAGCCUUUUAGGGCCAUUUUCUUUUUGUCUUUUGUCUUGAAAAUUCAAGAUACUAAGUUGAAAUUUCAAGAUACAUACCAAGUUGAAAUUUUAAGAUAAGAUGUUAAAUUGAAAUUUCAAGAUAAUGAUCUGGAAAUUUCAAGAUAAUAAGUUGAAAUUUCAAGUUAAUAUCUUUAAAUGUCAAGAGAAAAUUAACCCCCCAAAAAACGGCCCUAAAAGGCUUCUGUAUGUAUGUACAUUUGUCAUUUUUAUUCCAGUAUUGUUACAUCAAUUCAGUUUAUGUGCCCGAGAGGGCUGAGGACCGACCGUUUGAUGUUCAGCGGGUUGGGACGUUUUAAGAAUAUAUACAAAAAUUAUUAUUCGAUGGAAUGAUCCUGAAAAGAGUAUCGUGUAAAAAAUGUUCUGCUCCCAAUUUAAGAGUAAAAUAAGCAAUGUGUUAAAGCAGCGAGUGAAAUGAUAUUCCAUCUCUAACACUCUAUCUAAAUUGUUAAAUGGUAGGACCCAAUGCUGACCGAGUUUCAAUAUUGUAUUUUCCGAUCUGUUCUGUGAUCACAUGACAUAUGUCUCGCGAAAGAACAAAAUGGCGGCGGACCAAUUCCUUGUGCAGUGAUCUAGAUACAUCAGUUCGCAAUAUCAUGUGACAUCUCGAUAAACCCCAUGAAAGCGAGCGUGGGCUUGCCGGAGUGAGUGUGAGUCAGUGAGUGAGUGGUCUUUCAGUUGUAUCAUGCCGUGAUGGCUUCAUGUAGUAGGAUAGCCCAAACUGUUUCAGGACGAAAGAGUUUAUUAUGUUACCCUUACAAGAUUGGAUUACAGAAAUGAUAACUCAUUUAACUAUAAUCACCAAUGACCAUGCAUUUGGUGUUCUUUAUAUGUGUUUAGAUGUUAAACCAGGACCACGUCGAUACUCUAGUUUGAAAUUGAUUCAGAUCUGGUGCCUUUGGUCAUCCGUGUUUGGUAAAUUGUUUGUCGUGGUUUGUCAUGUAGAUUGUGUUAAUGGAGCAGUAUUUACACUGAGUCCCGCGUAAUCGUACGUGCUUAAUUGCACCAUAUUUUAUUUCAUAAACUCUUUUUUUCAUUUUGUUUUUUUAAUUAAUUUAAGGGAGCGACCAUUUGAUAUUGGAGGAUGAGGCUGGGGUUUCGUUUGGUGAUAAGAUAUUUUAUCAUCUACUUUGCAAAACCAGAUAUAUUUUGUCAGUCUAGAACAUAAGUAUUUUUUUCAAGGAUAUCCUGGGACAAUUUGUUGUUUUCGAUAAUACCAAUUUUCGGGCAGACCGAAUAUUUUCGACAGUCUGAAGCAUAAUUAUAUUUUUUAAGAAUGUUUGAUUAAAAUCCCAGUCUCUCCAGGAAUAACAAAUGGUUGUUCUCUAAGGUGUUAGAGGCGUUUGAAUUAUGCACCUAGAAAGGUUUAAACGCCGAUUAUUAAUUACCUUGGCGGAAGUGUAGCCUAGUGGUUAAAGCGUUCGCUCGUCACGCCGAAGACCCGGGUUCGAUUCCCUGUAUGAGUUCAAUGUGUGAAGCCUAUUUCUGGUGUAACCCUCCGUGAUAUUGCUGGAACAUUGCUAAAAGCGACGUAAAACCAUACUCACUCACUCACUCACUCACUAAAUGUCUCGAUAUGAAUUAGUCAUUAUUUAAAUCGCAUUCUGUAUCAUUCGUUGACGAAACACCUUUGUUUGUGUUCAAAAUGUGCCAUACAGAAAAUGGAAUGAAAUUAUAAAACAUGUUUCGCAACUGUUC